GUAACGCCAAUGACGCCCGUGGGUUCAAUAGCUAACUGAUAGCAGUACAGCGACGUUAGGUCAUUUAUCUGAUGAUUUAACGAUAUUUCGACUUUAAAACACAACAAUGUCGAGAAAGAGACACAAAGAGAAACCAGACAAGGCCAAUGCUGAGGAUGAGGCAUCGAAAAAUACAGGUACAACUCCAAUUGAAAAACUGCCUGCUCAGACCUUUGAUGAAUAUCAGUGCUCGGGCAAUGUGGAGGUUGACUUCCAUUGGCUUUGUGCUCUUCUGGACAUGAAGGAUAUCCCAGCUGUCAGCACCAGGCAACCAACCUCCCCCACCACUGAAACUGAAGGAGGGGACACAGAGGAGAGUCAGUUGGAGACAAACGGUGCUCCGUGCUGGUCUAAGCCGUGCCUCCAGGUGGAGCUGGAUGAUGAAGACCCCCUCAGCGCUAAGUACCUAAAGAUUUCUGGUUGGAAGGUAGAUGAGCGUAUUGCCAGAGUGCUCCACAAGAUGCUUCCCUCCCUGAGCAAGCUGCUGAGCCUUCAGUUUUGGCAGGCAGGGCUGACAGAUAGAAUGGUAAUCUCUCUCGUGAACACAAUAUCACUGUGCUCCAACCUCAGGGAUGUGACACUGGAGGGAAACCAUCUUCCAGGGCAGAGCUACCACCUUCUUCUCUCUGAAGACAGCGUCCUCACCCAUUUGGCCCUGCGAAAUAAUGGGAUUGGAGAUGAGGGCGCUCGUCUGAUUGGGUCUGCUCUCUCAACAACCAGAUCUGCUAACAAGAACCUUGUGUCACUCAACCUGGCAUUCAAUGCUAUUGGAGAUGCUGGUGCUACUUAUAUUGCACAGGGACUGCGGUUGAAUCGAGCUUUGUUAGUUCUCUCACUGUCCAACAAUCAGAUUGGAGACUCAGGAGCGGGUCAUCUGGCAGCGAUACUUGGCGAAUUCCCUCUCACUCAUGAAGAAGUUGUGGAGAGGAGAAAGAUGCUUCUGGAAAAAACUCAGACUUCAUCUGUAAGGGUUGAUUGGGACCAGCCUGCAGACCAACUUCCCUUAGUAGCCAGCAGCGGUUCACUGAGCACCGGCAAAGGGGAGAACAAAGGCAAAAAAAAGGAAGCAUCCAAAAAAGAGGACAACCCAUCUGCCAACAAAGAGAACCCAAAGUCUAACAAGAAAUCUUCUGAUUUAAAGGUGUCUCAAGGUAAAGCUGCCAAACAGGGCGGCAAAGAGAAGCAACUCUCUGCACAGGAGGAGAAAUCGAAUACUUCCCUGAAUGAGCAGCAGGGAGAGUUGGAGGAGGUGGAGAACCCUCUGCUGGAUCAGUCGGUGCAGCACAGGGACGGGGAAAUAACUCUGCCUGGAAACACGAAUCUCUCCUCCCUGAACCUGGCAGGAAACAGAAUUACAGAGAAAUCGCUGCCUCUGUUCCUGAAAUCUUUAGAGAAGCAGGGUGAGGGAGGCGGCCUGCUGCGUCUAUGUCUGCAGAGAAACCGCUUCCCAGCAGAUUGUGAGUGUUAUGUGAAGAUAAAGGAACUGAUGACAUUCAAAGCAUAACACAGCUCUAAACAGACAGAAGAGGAGGAGCAUCAGGCAUAUUUCUGAGAAAACUCAUCUCAAAUACUUUUAUGUACACUCUUUAUUUGGUAAAUAACAAUAAAUACACUUUGUCUUCUACUGUGAGGUGAACAAAUGGAUGUAAUAACAAUCUUGUGGAACAUUAAAAUCCCGAUGCUUUGCACAGUACUCUAAUCAACACACUGUUUGCUGUUUUUUGCUCACACUUAAAUGUACACCAAGGACAAAAGCUGAGAACAGCAGAAUAUCAAGUUCUUAAAAUAAAAAACUAUUGCUUGCAUCUCUCACCGUUAUCAGCCUCAGUCUGUGUGACAACACUUGCUGAUUUAUCUACCACAGACUGCACCCAUUUAAAAAAAAAUGUGGCUGGUGUUUUAAGGGUGUUGAUGUCAAAGUUACUGUCUUUUCCAUCUGAAAUUACACGUAACUUUUUGUGUUUUUAAAGGGUUUCACUGCUGAGCUGCAGUAAAAAAAACUGCAACACACAAAGGGAAUUUCAUACUAAUAAGACGACGAGAAGAUAGAGCCAUACAUUUAAUUCAACUGAACAGUGGAGAUAUUUUUUUUUCACAGAGCUAUUGAUACCGUCCCCCGUAUUUUACAUUGGAGUUGAUCUAUGAAGGGAUAGUUAAAUGACCUGCAGAACUAUAUUGAAGCAGAACUCAUAUAGGCGUGUUGGUAUAUUGUAUAUUGUGAAGAGGUGUUGAAACCUUCAGAACCUAGUGGGGUUAUUCUGUUACA